AUGUAUAUCCGCCGCAACAACACAAUAUGCCGUAUGGACAAGCAUCUACCAACUGGCUGGGGAAUCAUUCGACACUGUGGGAUCCACGACCACCCAUGGCCUUGUCGUGGAAAGCCAGACAAGCUGUCUCUUGACAAACUUAGCAAAAAAGUGGUCAAAAACCCAGAUGUGGGGCCAUUACGACUGAAGGUCGGGCGCGCUCCAGCUGGGAAAAAAGAGAUCACCACAGUUACCAACAUCCACCCAGCAUUCGGAAACCUUCACCGCUCGGCAUACUACCGCCGAAAGCUCCUCGUAGAUGCGGGUGUCAUUCCUGAAAAGAGGAUACCUGGCACAGCAGAUAGCUUCAUCUUAGACAUGGGCCAUUGGGCAGAUCGUGGUUUGCGCAUGAUCUCUUGUUCUUUCCUGCCAGAAAACACGCACAUGACAUUUCAAACUGAAUGGAUGGCAGAACAGCUGCUUUCCCGUGACAAUGACGACCGAUUUUACGGAGGUGGUCUACUUUCAGACGUCACCUAUAAAUUCUUUGUGAAUGGCUACUUACUUUCAACCUCAAUGUACCACGGUGUCCUGAAGCGAUGGAUGCCAGUUCAGCUAACUUGGUUGAGAGGUAUCAGCAAGAAGCACUACGCCGCACACUUUGUCACCCUCAUGAAACAAGUACAAAGCGAUCCUCGACUUACCAACGCCAAACGUGAUACGCUUGUUUGA